AUGGCACCAAAAAAACAAAAGGCCCAAAAAGUCUCCUUGGCUACUUUCCUUGGAGAUGACAGCUUAGGAGACUGGGCUGAUGAAGAUAUUGAUUACUCAUCUAUUUCUGUCCCAGUCCAAACUACCAAAUCGACUUUUGAACCUAAUUCCUUCGAAUCAAAACCUUUCGAGAGCCAACGUCCACAAAGAGAAGAAUACCCUGUCCCAGAAGUUCCUCCAUUCAAGGCUAGACUUAACAACUUGUCAUGGGAUGUCACCGAAGAUGAUGUUAUUAACCAUUUUGAAAAUAAUUUGGGUCAAGAAUCUUUCAGUAACUUUUAUGCUCCAAAAGAAGGAGACAGAUUGAAGGGUUUCGCUUUCAUCACUUUCAACACUAAGGAUUUGUUGGUACAAGCUUUGGACAUGUCCGGUAGUGAAUUGAACGGUAGAAGAGUGUAUGUUGCUGUUGCUGCCCCAGAUAGAAAUAACGAUAGAAGACCUCCAAGAGAAGACUUCGAUUGGGGUGCCAGAAGAGGUCCUUUAGCUGCUAGAGAAGACAAUGACUUUGAAAGAAGACCAAGAGGCGAACCAAGGGAAAGACGUGAAGAACAAGACUUCGACUGGGGCGCUAGAAAGGGUCCUUUGGCUGCUAGAGAAGACAACGACUUUGAAAGAAGACCAAGAGGCGAACCAAGAGAAAGACGUGAAGAAAAAGAUUUUGAUUGGGGUGCUAGAAAGGGUCCUUUGGCUGCUAGAGAAGACAAUGACUUUGAAAGAAGACCAAGAGGCGAGCCAAGAGAAAGACGUGAAGAAAAAGAUUUUGAUUGGGGUGCUAGAAAGGGUCCUUUGGCUGCUAGAGAAGACAAUGACUUUGAAAGAAGACCAAGAGGCGAGCCAAGGGAAAGACGUGAAGAAAAAGACUUCGACUGGGGUGCUAGAAAGGGUCCUUUGGCUGCUAGAGAAGACGGCGACUUCGAAAGAAAGCCAAGAAGAGAACCAAGAGAACCAAGAGAAAAGCGUGAGGAGCAAGAUUUCGACUGGGGUGCCAGAAGAGGCCCAUUACCAGCCAAAGAAAAGAGUUCUGGUAGAAGCAAUUCUGGUAGAGGGGGCAAACAAGAAGACAACUUGGAUUGGUCAAGUGCUAGAACUAGUAAAUUUGUUCCAGCUAGAAGAAGUUCCAACAAACCAAAAGAAACUGAAACCAAAGAAGCUAGCCCAGCAAAGCCAGCUAGAUCAAUGUAUGAUGUUUUAGCUGAUCAAAACGACAAUGAAGAAGAUGAAGAAACUGAAGAAUUGACCAAGAAAACUGGUGAAGUUAGUAUUUGA